GAACAUUCUUCACAUCUCUGUCGGUGCGCGGCCGAUUCACGUACACGUACCCGGGUGGCCCUGAAACGCAAGGAUAACUUUACACAGUUUAUAAAAAACUACAUUAACUCACAUAAGGAAUACACAUUUAAAAGCAGAUAGCAAUAACCGAGGUCUUUGAGUCGCUUCGGCUCGGAGUUGCAGAACUGUGUGGAACCUUUCAGAACUCGACACAAACAUUGCAUUUAAAGAAGACUUGUUGCACCUUCGGUAGCCUAUACAUCCAACUCUCUUUUCAUCAUUGCUUAUUUACCCGGGCCGUGGGCCGAGGCCAGCAUGGACCCCAGCAGCUGGAGCGGCAGCGAGAGCCCCGCCGAGGACAUGGAGCGGCUGAGCGACUCGGCCGACAAGCCCAUGGACAACGACGCCGAGGGCGUGUGGAGCCCCGACAUCGAGCAGAGCUUCCAGGAGGCGCUGGCCAUCUACCCGCCCUGCGGCCGCCGCAAGAUCAUCCUGUCCGACGAGGGCAAGAUGUACGGUCGGAAUGAGUUGAUAGCCAGGUACAUCAAACUACGCACGGGAAAAACAAGGACGCGCAAGCAGGUGUCUAGUCACAUGCAGGUCUUAGCAAGAAAGAAAGUUCGAGAAAUUCAAGCUGCUAUCAAGGUGUCUAGUCACAUUCAGGUUCUUGCCAGAAGGAAAUCUCGUGAGUUUCAUUCCAAGCUAAAGGUAUGCGCUUUUCUGCAGACCGUGAAGGACAAAGCGCUCCAGAGCAUGGCCUCCAUGUCCUCGGCUCAGAUCGUCUCCGCCACCGCCAUCCACAACAAGCUGGGCCUGCCGGGCCUCCCGCGGCCCGCCUUCCCCGGAGCCGCUGGGAUUUGGCAGGGCAUGAUAACAGCAGGCCAGCCAGGAUCAUCACAAGACAUUAAGCCCUUUGCCCAGCAAGCCUACCAGAUCCAGCCAACAGUCACAACAUCCAUUGCAGGGUACGAGUCCCCCACAGCUCAGACGCCUACCGCCCCAGCCUGGCAGGGCCGCUCCAUUGGGACAUCCAAACUGCGGCUGGUGGAGUUCUCCGCCUUCCUGGAGCAGCAGCAUGACCCUGACUCAUACAACAAGCAUCUCUUUGUGCACAUCGGACAGACGAAUCACUCCUACAACGAUGCCCUGCUGGAGUCUGUGGACAUCCGUCAGAUUUACGACAAAUUCCCCGAGAAGAAGGGGGGCCUAAAAGAACUGUUUGGCAAAGGGUCACAGAACUCCUUCUUCCUCCUCAAGUUCUGGGCCGACCUGAACUGCAAUAUACAGGACGACACAGGGGCCUUCUAUGGCGUGACCAGCCAGUACGAGAGCUCGGAGAACAUGACCAUCACCUGCUCCACGAAGGUCUGCUCCUUUGGCAAGCAGGUGGUGGAGAAGGUGGAGACGGAGUACGCGCGGUUUGAGAACGGGCGCUUCGUGUACAGGAUAAGCCGGUCGCCCAUGUGCGAGUACAUGAUCAACUUCAUCCACAAGCUCAAGCACCUUCCCGAGAAGUACAUGAUGAACAGCGUCCUGGAGAACUUCACCAUCCUGCUGGUGGUGACGAACAGAGACACGCAGGAGACGCUGCUGUGCAUGGCCUGCGUGUUCGAGGUGUCCAACAGCGACCACGGCGCCCAGCACCACAUCUACAGACUGGUGAAGGAGUGAACCGCCCCCCCCCCCCCCCGCGCCAAAGCCUUUACCACACGGACUGAACCUCAAUGCAAGUGGCAGUGCCUCUACAUAAAAACCAGACCCUCCUUUGGGUAAAGCCUAUUAUUAUUGUUAUUAUUACCAUUUUUUAACGUAUACGUGUAUGACUGCAGCUGUGAAUUGCGGUACAGUUGUUUUAUGUUUUGAUACGGGGGGGGGGUCUACAUAUUAACGAGUGACUGGUCAAUGUCUGUCUGCGGGAAGAUAUACAUGUAUAUAAUCAGGCAGGACAUAAAUACUAAACAGGAUUACCUGUUGGGGGGGGGGGGGGUUGCAUUUGGUGAACACUUUGUUUCUUCUCUGUUUUUAUCCUGUGAUGUCCACUACAAACAAAAAAAAACCCUGUAGCCUUUGUUUCAUGGGUUAUGUUAACUACACAGCUGUAUGUUUGAUUGUGUAAGAGAGUGACUGUGUGUGUAUGCAGUGCAGUCCCUAUUCGGACAGUGACACUUGUGUUGUUUUGGCGCUCUCUAGCACAGCGGAUUUGAAAUGAAGCGAUGGAUGCGAUGUUGUGCAGACCGUGGGCUGUAAUUCGGGGUCGUAUGCAUCCAUAUCGGGUGACGCACGUAGGAAUUACAGCCCAAACCAGUGUGGUGGAGCAGAAACAAAGCUCCAAAAACAAACUGUGUCGCUGUCCAAAUCCUUACGGGCUGCACUGCCCAUCUCCGUGUCCAUGCACACAGGCACAUUUCCAAAGAAAAGUAUUUGAAAUGAAUAAUUUCCAUUCACAAAUAAAAAAUAUUUAAAGGACAGUUCAUUGUGGCUGUCGUUGUGACAAGGAAACUAUACUAAAAGAUUCAUAACUUUAAUCAGUUCAGAAAUCCCACCUGCUCAUUACUGACACUAAUAACCUACAAAAGAAAUGUAAUGCACUGUGAGAACAUUAAGCAUAUAUGUAUAAUAUUUUGGCCUUGGCCAAACUACUAAAAUUGCAAUAAGAAAACCUGUAUAUUUUUAGCCUGUUAAAUGUUUUUUUUUUUCAGUAUGUAAAAAGAAAACAAAAACAGCUGCAUUAAAAACACUAAAGUAAAAGAAAUAAACGAAAGUACCACACUAAUUCUCAGAUUUAUCUUCACCCUGUUCUAGGCACUUGGCUCUUCUGAUGGUGCACAAUUUACCAAGGCGUGGUUCCGUUUGUCUGUUAGCCACAAAAUGCAUUAAAAGGCCUGGGAUCACUUUAAGAAUGUCAGGCAAUGCUAGGAAAACACUUAGCACUGCAUUUGGAUGGCAUUUAAAUGAUGUCAUUAAUUAUAUCCGGGUCAUAGUGGCUGUUUUGCAGCCACAGGCGUGUCCCAUAAGCCCAAGGCCUACCUUUCUCUGUGAUUCCAAGCCUUAAUGAAAUACAGUGGUGUGAAUUCCAAAAGAUGCCUCUUAAGCUGUGAGUUCUUCGCCAAGCUGGGAAGACUUUGUCAUUGUCAUUUACACUAUUGUACAGAACUGCCAAAGUAUAACUGUAUACAGUGCCUUAGUGUAUGUUGUAAUUACAGACCAAUUAACUUGUAGAAUGUCUCAUUAAAUAAUACUCCCAAGGUCAGUGUGCGUGUGCGUGCAUGUGUGUGUGUGCACGUGUGUGUGUGUGUGUGUGUGUGUGUGCGUGUGUUAAAAUGCACAAGUCAUUGUCUCUCAAACAUGUAGAUACCGGCUGUCUCCAUACCUUAUCAAAACUAACCAUGGCAAGCAGAGGAUGGCUUCAAGAUCUGUUUGUACAAACACUGGCAUGGGAUGUACACUUUAGAGUAAGACAACAUAUACUAAACUUUGCCUUUCCUUGUCUAAAAGACCAAAAAUCUAUUGAGGUGUAUUGGAACUCUAAUCUUUCCCUGCACUGUAGCAUGAAUGUGCCUUCGGUUUGGACUUUCAAGCAUAGAAAAGACAUUAAGAAUAACUACUAGUAGCAAAACCAAAAUAAAAGACAAAUUAAAAUGACUAAAUACAAUAGCCUAAGUGAGAGUGAACUGAUCACCACAAUGCCUUUUUAAGUUUUGUAAUAACACGGUGAGACAGAAUGUGUUUCAAUAGAGAUUAUAUGAAUUAUUGAGAAAGCAUAGUGUGGCACAGUGCAAAGUGGUAUAAAAGAUAUAGAUCUGUUCAUUAGUGUAAUGUAAAUCCCCCAGGAUGGGGCCAUUCUCUUAAAUGGCAGACUUGUUCACUGCAAGUCAUUUUUAACCCUUUAUUUACCCAUGCUUUUGGAAUCGUUGUGCUCACAAUUUCAGGUUUUAACAGCCUAAACAGCAGUUGGCUUCAAAUAGUCCCUCUGCAUUAAGGAAUGACCAUUUGGAGGUUCAUUACGAACUGAAUUAAAGCAGAUGUAUUUGUGUCUACACUGAGGCUUAUGAGUGAAUUGUAAGCAGUACAAAGGGCUUUGGGGAAAUGGAUAACUCAUCAUUUGGAUGGCUGCACAGUGUAUUACAGAUAUUCUUAGGUGGAGGAAAAGUCCCAAGUUGUCAUAAAUUUUACAGACCACACAGCUGACAGAAUGAAGGAUGUUAUGUAAUGUACUUUGAGCUGCUGUUAAGCUACUGUCUGAAGAUUCACUUUAAUGCCGUAGAAGAUGCACUUCUACACGGAUGUUUUUGUUGUCCUUGCAGGAAUUCAUGUUGGAAAUGUUGGUUCCUGAAUUGUAUUAAAAUUUGAAUAAUACUUAAAAUAGUUUCAAAUCAUGGAAAAUCCCUUUAUGGCUCCAUUGUAAAAUAAAAAAUAUUCACUUAUAAGGGGGAGAAAACAAAUGCAGUCCAAGUUGGUAUGAAUGCCCAGUAUGUUGCUAUGUGGCUGAAGACGACAAUGGAGUUUAUCAUCUUGAAUCAAACAGCCACAGCCUCUGUUGAACUUUGGUUUCUGUGUGUUUUUUUAAUCAUUUUUGUUUGCCAGCUAUUUUGUCAUGUGUACCUGUGUUCUGAUAUAUGAAUAACUUAAAGAGAUGAGCUCAGUUCUUGUUUUGUUGUACAUGUAUACAAUGGUUUGUGUGAAGACUUCAGUACAUACAGAAGUCAAGUCAGUGGUGAUACUGUUGAUGCUGUACUGCUGGUACUUUUGACAGUCAGUUCCGUUUUGAAACCAUUUAGAAUACCUCUCGUUUCAUGGGGAUUGUAAGACUAUUGCCUUUCAUACCGUGAAUGUUUGCGAGAUAUUUUAAUAAGACACUGAACCACGUCUGGGGGAAUUUUGACGCAAACAUAUCAGCAGUUAAGCUCUUAUUACGUGUUUGUAUUUUGUCUUUAUGUGUAGGUACUGGUACCUUUUUUUUUGUUUAUAACCAUUUUAAAUGUUUGGCUUUAAAGUGAAAUUUUCUUUUGUUCAGAAUACAGUAGUGUCAUGGAAACUGUUGGGGUUUGUGUGCAGAGAUUUUUUUAAAGGUGCUUUUGUAUAAAGAGAAUCACGUAUCCUGGCUUUUCUUGGUACAAAUGUGAGAUAUCGGCUGUCCGCGAGGACAGUGCAGUGCAGAGGCGGCUGUCUUGCCGUGCCUGCACGUGGUUUCUUCACUGCAAACGCUCUCGUAUUUGCUCUGUAACAUUUUGAUGCCUUCUUGAUAAAGUGGUAGAUAUUUUGUAGCUUUCUAGGGACUUUGUAUGCAUACAAUAUCAAACAAAAAUAAAUGAUUAAAAAUGUGA